GGUCCGUCCUGAGGGAGUCCUUCUCCAAACUGUAGAGUAUUUGAGUCGAUCGAACUAGGAGGAUACACAACAUCGAUCCAAAGGUUGGAAAUAGGGGGAUUUAACCCAAGAGAGCUCCAAACCUUGUAAAUAGCUAGGUUAGUGGUUAGUCUAGGUUAGUAAGCUUAGUUUUAUUACCCACUAUCCUAGGUUGGCUAGAUAACUGAUAACGUCGUAUUUGCACAUAUUUGCACCCUUGUUUAUUUUACGCUAGGUUAUGUUAUUUUGUCAUAUUUCAGGUCCUAGCAAAUAAAGGAAGGAAUAUGCGCACGGUCACUCAAAAGGCUCUCAGAAGUGGAGCUGAGAAUGAAAUUGAGGCAGACUCCCUAAAAAUACAGUCGUAAUUCACAAAUUACCGCUUAUAUUACCUAAAUUACGACCGUAAUUCACAAAUUAAUGCCAGUAUUUUUGUGCCGAGCCUUGUGAUGGCUCAUGUUUUCUUGGAGGCUAGUCCGCUAUCCAAAUCUUGAGAUUUGACGGCUCCAAGUACUGUUGUUUGCUUGAUCAUAUUAGCACUGUGGGUUUAAUUGGUGAAUUGAAUGACUUUUGAAUUAAUGCAUGACAACUGGAUUGCGACUAGGACAACCUAUAAUGAUGACUGAGACGUGCAGUAGAGUUGUGUAGGGGUUCAGUUUUUCAACUUUUUGCUUACCAACUGUGACUUGGAUUGAUCACUUGUUCUUGACAGACGUUUAUGCAUCUAGUUCAAGGAAUCAGAAUGAGAGAUAGAGCAUAUAGGUAGCCAUGUGAGAUUUGAGCCUACUCGUUUCUUUCUUGUGCGAUAGAUCCCUCUUCCAUGAUGCGUAGCAUUCAGGUUGUCAUUAGCUAAGAUGAUGGAGGCAUAGGAAUAGCCCACGACCAAAUUGACUGUCCUGGUGUGUCAUACCCCCUAGUCAGCCCCUUUGAGCCAUCUAAUUUCCUUUCUUUCGGUCUACAAUGGAAAAUCACCCUUUUGCAUCUCUUAGAAGGUUCCAUAGAGUGGUUUUUGCUUGUUCUCUGUUGUUUCUGCUAAAAAUAAUGUGAGGGUUGGAUGUAGUGCUUAAAAGUUGGGCAUGUGUUUGAAAAUUGUGCAUAAGUGGUGGUUCUCUCAAGAAAUGAAAAAAAAAAAAAAAAGUUGAAUGGAAGCAAAAGAGAGCCACUACCAAAAAUUUGAAUCAUGCUCAUUAAUUAGUGUUCUUAGCAGUCUGGCUUGGAAAUACUAACAUUAUUGUGACCUCCUUCACUCUUGUGCUCUAAGGAAUUUGAGUAAUGCAGAAUAGCAGAAAGAAAGUAAGUGGUUUGAUGGAUGUGAUUGUGUUGGGUUUGGAACUAUGGAACCUUGUGCUAUGAAUACUUCCACACCUAAAAGGCUAUUUCCCCAUGUCCAAGACCCUAGCCAGUCACUUGAACCUGUGUCUAAGACCUCCGGAUUAGUUAGUGGUGACAUCCCUUGUGUGAACUCUAACAUUUAGAGGCUGCCAUCAUGGUGAAGAGACAUUAGGAUUUGAGAGAAUAAGUAUGCAAAUUUUUCGCAUCAAAUUGUCCCGACCCCACUGGUCGAGAGUGAGCGAUUCAUUUCCUUGUUCUUUAUGCUCUUUACCCUAGUGAGGACCUAGAUGGCUCGGUCUUUAUUCUGAUGUCUUGAGUUUGAUGCAUGCGAUGAUUGUCUUGGUUAAGUGUUUGAGUCAAGUCUAUGUUGGUUAGUGAACAGAAAGGAUUCCUCUUCCUUUACCCGAUUUUGCUGCACUUGAAUGUCCUCUGUGGUGGUUGUCUAGGUUGCUGUUGAGUUGUCCAUGUGUUAAUUAUCAAAAGCCAGUAUGAUUCACUUGUUUUGUGCCGAUAUGAUAUGUCCCCAAGGGUUGCAUGAUUAAGAUGUUUUGAGCUUACCUUGUGUCUAACAUGGUUUGCUUGGGGACAAGCAAACGAUUAAGUGUGGGGGAAUUUGAUAACACCGUAUUCGCAGAUGUUUUCCCCAUGAUUUCUUGAUUGUUUAGCUUAGUGAUUGGUCAUUCCUUGGCCUAUUUUACCCUAGGUUGUGUUCUUUUGUCAUAUUUCAGGUCCUAGUACGUAGAUAUGGCCUUGGGACGAGUUUUGGGACAUUUGGAGGUGAAAGAAAGUCGGUCGCGAGGAUGUGCAGCAGAGCUGUUGAAAAACAUGCCCUCAAACACGGCCUCAUGUGUGAAAAACAUGGCCUUGUGCUAGAGGCCGUGCUUUUCCUCUACCCUCCACAGAAUCAUCAUUUAAAAACCUGGCCUCUUGUAGUUAAAACACGGUCGUGUUUUUGGGCUUAGAGGCCGUAUUUUGCACCUGUGCAGGUCUUAUUUGGCGAGGAGCACAUAUUUUGGGGGAAUCGAGUUUUUGAGCAGAAAACAGAGCCUUGGAGAGAGAAAGUGCAAAAAACAAACCCUAGGAGCUAUUUGGAGUGGUUUUCUCACCAUUGAAGCCCAGAUUGCAUCAUGAGGAGUGAAGAUCGACAUCCCAAAGCAGAUUAUCCUCAUCUUUAUGAGUAUGACUACUCUUAUUUCUGUUUUCCUCUCUCUCUCUCUCUCUCUCUAUGGAGUAGAACCUUCUCUCACUUGGAUAUGAAGAACCCUAGUUCCAUGUGUUAGGAAUCUUGAUUGUAAUGACUUGGGAUUGAUAUACUGAUUGGUUAUAAUCGAUUGAUGCAUGAUUCAUUGAUUCAAUUGAAGUCUGAUAAUCUUUUCUUGAUUUUUGCUGCAACCUGAGAUAGAUAGAAUCUGAUUAGGUUGUUAGAGCUUCAUCAAUCGGUAGUGGUAGAUUGGUUAUAUGAGAGUUAAUCGAUUUACUGCUUUGUACUGGAACCCAAUUCCAAUAGUGGAGUUCUGUGUUAAUUGCUUCAGCAGUCUAUUCUAGUGAAGGUUAGUCGCCUUCCGGUUAGCCUGCCUGAGAGGGCUUGGUCAGCUUAAGAGAUUCCAAGCUACUGUCGGAUCUUCCGCAGUUUAAUCAACAAUUAAUCAACCCAGGGUAAUUUCAACCUCGACUUAACUAAGGAGCUAGGGGGGCUCAUUCCCGAGUGACUCUUCCCUUGCUAAAGAACUUUGAACCAUUUCCUGCUUUCUUACUGCUUUUAAUUAAAAUCACAAUCACUCGACUUAGUUUGCUAGAUAAUAGAUAUUCACAGAGUAGGCUGUAGAUCUAGACCCCGGGUUGACAAAUAGAGCUUGCCACUUACUGCAUUUUCGGACUGCGAUUACACUUGGUCGCAGUUUGGUGUUGUGUUUUAGCGUGCCAGAUACUUCCCAUUCACUAUGGAGGGGCAGGCCAAGGAGUGGCUGGACACUCAGCCUCUGGGAUCGAUCACCACAUUCGCCAACUUGGUGGACAAGUUCUUCACCCGCUAUCAUCCUCUGUCAAAGACGGCGGACCUCCAGAAGCAUAUCACUCAUUUUGCCCAGGAAGAACAUGAAACCAUUCGGGAUGCGUGGGAAAGAUACACCAGUCUUUUCCUGAAAUGUUCUAAUCAUGGUUUCACUGACGCCUUCAAGGUGGGCACCUUCUACCACGCCCUCUUCCCAGAAGACAAGCAACUGAUUGACUUAGUUUGCGGCAGGAAUAUGCUAACCAAGAUGCCAUCAUAGCUGAAUCUACUCUUUGAAGAGAUGGCAGAGCAGGGAUAUGAUUGGGGAACUGCUAGGAGAUCGAGACGAGCACGAGAUCGGGGUGUGCAUGUUGUAGCCACAAGUCGUCUGAGUUGGUGCAGGUUGUAUCUAAGUUGGUCUCAGCCAUUGAUUGUUCUGGAUUGGUUUCAGGUACAUGACAGCAGCAGGCAAUGCACUACCAGUGGUGCGAAAGCUCCCAUCACACUAUAGAAGACUGUUAGGCGACGAGGGAGUCGACUACACCCCAGGAGCAGUUGGACUUCAUCAACAAUGCUAGGCGCAAUGACCCCUACAGUAAUACUUACAACGAGGGAUGGCGCCAGCAUCCAAAUUUCUCCUGGAAUGGCAACAAAAAUCCCAAGCCACCUGGCUUCUAGGCUCAUGCAGGUGGUUUUCAAAACCAGAGACAGCCAUACCAGCCUCGCUCGGGCCAGAUGCAGCAACAACAACCAUUUUAUAAGCCCAGACAGGGACAGGCUUUUCAACAGCCCCCACAACAGCAAUAGUACCAGCAGCCUGGUGCAUCUCCAUUAGUCCCAGCACCGGGCCAUCUCGUGUCAGAACUGAGGGAUCUAGUGACCACCUUGGCCAGCACUAGUACCCAGAAGUUCAAUAAAUUAGAGCAAUUCAUCGAAGUGGCUGCGGGCAAAUUCAUGGAGAUUGAAGCUAGCCAGAGGAUCCAGCAGGCACUCUUGCAGGAUAAGAAACUAGGCCUAGGUGAACCAAGUGCAACUAGGAUGAGUAUUCAAUUAGCUAACCGAUCUGUAGUUCAUCCUAGGGGCAUAGUGGAAGACCUCUUGGUUAAGGUUGUCAAAUUCUUUUAUCUGUUGGAUUUUGUUGUCUUGGACAUCAAUGAAGACUCAGAAGUGCCCCUUAUACUAGGAGAACUCUUCAUUUGCACAAUCUUAAUACAGUUGAAUGUCGUUU